AUGAAGGCUGUUAAGUGGUUAAAGAAAAAAAGCUUCGGAGGAUAUGAACGCGUCCCCUUAAUAAAAGAAGAGUGGUGCAAAUUUGUUGAGCUAGAGUUUACCAAGCACUGUGAAGGUUGUAUAAGAGAUGUGAAAAAAUGCUGCAAACAAACGAAAGGAGUUGAAAGUGUUGUGGUUGAUAAGGAUAAUCCAGUAGUGGUAGUGGAAGGAAGAUUUCUUCUGGAAAAGCUUUGCUCACGCCUCCGAAAUGUGACUAAUAAGGUGGUCACAGUUAAGAGGUCAGAGAUGGAAGAAACACAAGAACAAGGCGAGAGCAGCCAUGGAGAUGACCACGUUAGCGAGCCAGAGGAGGAUAAGAAGAAAUAA